GAAAGAAACACGGCCAGGCUCACUCGUUUCACAUACGCUGGCCACAGCACUGGUGGCCCUGCCAGUUUAUCGCUAAAAAGGCACAUUUUUUUAAUUAUUCAGAAAGGUGCUCUCCUCCUGUGUUUUAUACAUGUGCCCGUGUUCCAGUUGGCGUCGCUAUUAGUGUUCCAUUCUUCGGGCGCAAAUCUUUUUCACGAUUCAUCGGCACCAAAGAAAACAUCUGCUGUUUUGUUUGGUCCGGUUCUCUUAAGAGAAAAAAAAAAAAUCGACAGCCGGGACUGCAAUUUAAAAAAAAAAGCGGACGCGCUUCAUUUGUUUGUCUUCGGUUUUUUAUGUGAUGUGAUGUUUUCAAGUGUUACGACAGUGCCUUCCUUAAUAAACAGCUGCGUAUAAAAACACACAUCGUUUUUGCUCAUUAAACCGCAUUCUCUUCGACUUUUGGUGGUUUUCCAUUUGAAUCAAUCAAAUUUGCCGCCGCAAAUCGCCCCCCCCCCCACCACCAAAAAAAGCGCAUCAUUAUCUAAUUCAACAUGGCAUCCCUGUGGGGAAAAUCGAAAGUGAUGCUGUCGGUGCUGGUCAUCUUACUGGCGAGCGAGAGCUUGGCCCAGUUCCAGCGUUUCCCUCCGUUCGAGCAAGCGUUUCAACAGCAGCAACAACAAGAGCAAUUCAGGGUACCUCGCCAGCAGCAACUGCCCGGCCAGAUUUUUAAUGUCCAACGACCGCAACGGCCGUUCCAACAGCAGCCGUCCAGGCCGUUUCAAGCGAUGGCCGAGCAAGUGAGGCAAACACGACAACAAGCGCAACUGGCACAACAGCCAUUCAGGCAGCCCACGUCCCAGCAGCAACAAGUAACCCAACAAGCAUUUCGUCAGCAACAGCAAACUUUCCCCCAACAAUUCAGGCAACCAGCCCAGUUUCAACAGCCGACACAACCGGUCCGUCCACAAUUUCCUGUCCAGCAGCAACAACCAACACGCCCGGCGCAGCCAGCGCCAGUUCAGCAGCCGAUCAGACAGCCGGCCCCGGUUCAGCAACAAGGUUUCCGUCCACCGAACCAGCGUCCCAUACAACCGCAACAGCAGCAAUUUACGCAACCCCCGCAGUUAAGUCAGCCUGUUCGUCAGCCUCAACAGCUCUUCCAGCAGCCGCAACCGCAACAGCCAAGGCCUGUCCAGCAGUUCACUCCACCUCCACCUCAACAACAGCAACAACCUGCUGUGCAAGUGACUCAGAUUCCUCGUCCGGCUCCGGUUGCACCUCAAGAACCGCAAGUGCCUCGUCCAGUCAUUCCAAUUCAGGAGCCUCAGCAGUUGCAAAACUUGCAACAACCCUCCCAGCAAUUUCUUCAACAACAACAACAGUUCCAACAACAACAACAGUUACAGCAGCAGCAGCAACAACAACAACAGUUACAGCAGCAGCAGCAGCAACAACAACAGCAGCAGCAACAACAACAGUUACAGCAGACGACAACAACAGUGGCGACAAUUAUAACUCCGGCCACCAGUACGCCACCAACUACACCUACCCCGUCGGUUGCUCCGGCUGCGAGCGCAUCAUCGGGCGACCCUUCAGCUCCCGUUUUUCGAGGUGGAAUGACCACGACACGACAACCUAGCGGCCCUGUGCCCGUUUCGCCGUUGACGGACAACAACGCAGGCGUCAACAAUGCCGGUAUUCUUCCGCUGCAAACGGAUACGAACGAUCAAAAUCUACUUUUCCCAAAGUACCCCCCAUUUGCGUAAACAAAAAAGACGGCCGUGGAACUGCUGCAUAUAAUUUUGUUUGUUUGUUUGAAAAUCGAAAAAACUUUUGAUUGUCUAUGAAUUUUGAAUUGAACGACGAACGUGUUGGAGGAAGCCGUACGGCAAGUACGUAACGGUUCCCGGCUUAAUUACCCCUGUCCUUGAAAGAAAUUCUGAUUGAAAAUGAUGUAUCCCCGUGUUUUUAUUUUUAUUUUUUAUUUCUUUAAAAUGUCACAUGUUUCGUAUGUUUCUUAACGUGUCUAGAGGUGUCAUUAACGACAUAACACAUGUCUGCUUAACUGACGAUGAAUCGCUAAAAAUUCGGACAGUAGACGAAGGCGGCGAAAAUGAGAUUGCACAUUUUACGACGCAGACGCUAAAUAUUCGUGAAUUCCGGCAUUGAAGCAUCCAUUUGCUGCCUUUGAGUGUCAUUCAACGGCCAUCGCAAUAUAGUGGAACGAAAUAUUAAAGAAAAAAAAAAAAAAAAAAUUCAAUAAAAUAAAAACGAGUAAAAUGUUGCGAAACACAAACACUUGGCGUGAAUAAGCAAUUGAAAUUUUAUUUGUUUUGGCUUCCUAUGUAAUCGUUUAUUCACCGGGAACUGCCAAACACAAAGAAUAGUUGAAAAGAAUUAACAUAGCACUCGCAACAUCAUCUAGCGGACGAUCGAGUGCGCUGCUUCUUGCUACUCUUUUACCGUGGCCCGUUAAAAGCCUUUGCGAAUUUAGUUCUUUGUGUACUUCAAAAAAACAAAAACGUAGUUGGGCACUCGUCAGUCGAUCAGAGUUUCGCAGUUUCUGAUGCUUUUAUUUUUAAGCCGUCAGGGUUAUCUGUCGUUCUGUCCCGUUGCCGUGUAAACAAAGACGGAGGAAAACACACAUGGCGUUUGGAUUCUGUCCUGAAAAUACGACGGCACGUGGGAUUUUCAAGAGAAACAAAUACGAAAGGCUUCAACGAAAGAAAAAAAAGAAACAUUGCAAACGCUGCUGGCCGGUUUGGCGCUGCGAUGAUCAGAUCAAAAAUAUUUAAAAGAAAAAAUAAUAAAUAAUAAAUUUGUUUGUGUUUAGAUUCCAGUGAAAACUGCGCUACGUGACUGCGUAGUGACGACCUUAGACACAAACAAACACACAAAAAAAAGGAAAAAAAAAUUUAUAUUGUAAAGCCACUGUGUGACGAAAAAAUUUCCAAUUAGAUACGUACUUAUGUGUAAAUAAGAAUAAGCCGGGCGGUGCGCGGUAUGUUUGCGUGUGUAAGGAACGGAAUGGGGUGCAUCCUGAAAAACAAGGAAUUGAUGGUUCUUAAUACUCUUUUACUUUUAAUGUUUUUUUUUAGUAUCUUUAUUUUAUAGGAAAUUUGCAUAUUUUUGUUUCAUGUCACCCGUCCUUUCUGCAUUGGCUCUCCGUUCGUAUUAUAAACGGUGUUAUGUAAUUCGAAUCUUAGCGUAUAUCUUCAUUCUCUGUUUUGUGGGUAUCUUUUUGUUCCGUCUCUUCUCAAUCUGUCACGCCUUUCGGCUAACCAUCUACUAAAUGAUUAAGCAUUCUAUGUAUAACACAUAUGAGAGAGAGAAAAAACAAAACAAAAUGGAAUGGUCUUA